AUGACUGUUUCUAAUGGAAAUGAAGCACCAAGAAGGUUGGAGAGAGGAAAAUUCCAAGCAAUGGUGGUUUGUUUCAUUCUUGGAUUGGGAUCUCUUGUUGCUUGGAACAGUAUGUUGACAGUAGGAGAUUAUUACUACAGUCUGUUCCCUAAAUACCAUCCUUCGCGUGUACUCACCCUCGUUUAUCAACCCUUUGCACUUGUUACUAUGGCAAUACUGGCGUAUAAUGAGUCGAGGGUCAACACUAGAUUGCGGAACUUAAUUGGCUACUCUCUUUUCUCCAUUUGUACUUUGUUAGUGCUUGUUUUAGACCUAGCAACAGGAGGAAAAGGGGGAAUUGGAGUUUACAUUGGUAUAUGUGCCCUUUCUGCUUGUUUUGGAAUUGCAGAUGCUCAUGUCCAGGGUGGUAUGGUUGGAGACUUGUCUUUUAUGUGUCCUGAGUUCAUCCAGUCCUUCUUUGCUGGAUUGGCUGCCUCAGGAGCUCUGGCUUCUGGUUUGAGACUUGUCACCAAAGUGGGUUUUGAGAAUUCAAGGAAUGGGCUUCGAAAAGGGACUAUGCUAUUUUUUGCUAUCUCUACCGCUUUUGAGCUUUUCUGCAUAAUUCUAUACGCAUUUUACUUCCCUAAGUUGUCCAUAGUAAAAUAUUACCGUUCAAAGGCUGCAUUAGAAGGAUCAAAAACUGUAUCAGCUGAUCUUGCAGCUGCCGGCAUUCAUAACGAGACCAACCAGCAAGUUGGAUUUGAUGCUAAAAACCAAGAACGUCUGAGCAAUAAACAACUACUGCUACAGAACAUUGAUUUCGUAGCUGAUUUGUUUCUGAUAUAUGUGUUAACACUGUCAAUUUUCCCUGGAUUCUUGUAUGAAAAUACUGGAUCACACCAGCUAGGAACAUGGUACCCUCUUGUUUUGAUUGCAAUGUACAAUGUGCUUGAUUUAAUAUCCAGAUAUAUUCCCCUCAUAAAAUGCCUGGCGUUGGAAUCCAGGAAGGGCUUACUUAUUGCAGUGCUUUCUAGAUUCCUGUUGAUCCCAGCAUUUUACUUCACAGCAAAAUAUGGCGACCAAGGAUGGAUGAUCAUGCUUGUGUCUUUCUUGGGACUAACUAAUGGUUAUCUCACUGUCUGUGUAUUUACCAUUGCACCAAAAGGUUACAAGGGCCCUGAACAAAAUGCAUUGGGUAAUUUGCUGGUGCUGUUUCUUUUAUGUGGCAUAUUUUCUGGUGUUGCUCUUGAUUGGUUAUGGCUCAUUGGAAAAUCAGGAUUUUAA